AUGUCUGCCACUGUGAGUGCUUCGGGGGAAAGUAGUCUCCUUGUUCGUUCGGUGAGCGCAAGCUAUUCAGGCCAACUCGGACCCGCAGCACUCGAGGAGGAGGAGGAGAAACCAGAAACUGGCAUGGACAAGACCCGGUUGGCCCUCGUGCUGAUGGGAGCGGGUUUGGUGGUUGCAGUGAUCGUCAUUAUCAUCCUCUCCGUCGUCCUCGUUGAGCCCUCCCCAAAGUGCGAUGACGACGGGUCGUUGAUUACGCCGUCGUACAGACUGCAGGACAGCGUUGCCGUUACAGAAGGCCUCAGCGGUAUUCGCCGAGAGAACCUGAAGGAGUACCAUCGAUUCCUCUCGGAAAAGCCCCAUCCUUCCGGAAGCGAACGCGACGGGGUGGACAUCGUCAACUUUCUCGAGAAUUCACUGCGGGAAAGCGGCUUUGACGAGGUCAAGAAGGUGCCUUACCUCCUGGUACACCCUCUGCCGGAUCCCGACCAUCCAAACAGCGUUCGCUUGGUUGCCGAUAAUGGCACGGUUUUACUCGAUGCAAAGAUGACAGAAGACAAGAUCCCUGGAAUUGACACUGAUAUCGGUCCAGCGUACCUUGCCUUUUCUGCUCGGGGGACAGUGGAGGCCGAGCUGAUAUUUGUGAACUACGGGAGGUACGAAGACUUCGACAAGCUUGAAACACUGGGCAUCAGCGUCGCUGGGUUCAUUUGCCUGGCGAGAUACGGCAUGGGCACCCGGGUAGAAAAAGUUCGAAUAUGCGAGGAACGUGGCGGCAUCGGGGCCAUACUUUUCGGUGACCCUAUGGACAUGGCGCCCAAGGGAGAAAAUUUCGUGUUUCCCAAGAGUCUUUACGUCGGUGGAUCUGCCAUGCAGAGGGGAUCUCUCGAUUUUUCGCAGGACUCGGAGACUCCUGGGUACCCCUCCAUACCUGAAGCAGUAAGGAUCGUGGAUCCACCUGGCUUGCCCAAGAUACCAGCGCAGGUCAUUGGAUACGACGACGCUCGAGUUCUCCUCAAACUGCUUGGAGGACCUGAUUGGGCAGUGAAAGGAGGGUUUAAUUUCACUUACCGAACAGGACCCUUCGCAUCCAGCCACAAGGGAGAGAAAGUACGCCUGAGUGUGAACAACAUUAUCAAGCGAUUGGUGGUUCAUGACGUCAUCGGGAUCAUCCGGGGAAGCGUAGAGCCAGGUCAAUUCAGCGUGACGGGCAACCAUCACGACGCAUGGGGCUUCGGAGCGAGCGAUCCGUCAUCGGCAACUGCGGCGCUCCUGGAGGCUAGUCGGACCCUGGGCGCCAUGGUAAGGCGCGGAUGGAGGCCCAGGCGCUCGAUCGUCGUCGCCUUCUGGGCCCAGGAAGAGGUCGGCAGGGCGGGCUCCAAAGAAUGGGUGGAGGAAAAUAUCUGCUUGCUGACUCAUGGCGCUGUGGGUUACGUCAACAUUGACACUUGCGCUGAUGGUCCCCUGUUUGCAUCGGAGGCCUCGCCAUCGCUACGUAACAUUAUCUACAAGGCAAACGAAGUGGUAAGACAAAUGCUACCUUAG